AUGCAGAAAUUCAAGGAAAAGUUCGAACAUGGAGUCGACCACCUAGAGGAGUCAUUAAAAGACACCCAUAUCCACAAUGUCAAAGCCGACGCCACACAUCUAAAGCACAAGGUUGGCAAGUUUUUUAACAUCCUCAACCCGAACCAUCGCCAUGAUGAGCGACACGAACAAGAGACAGACCGCAAACGCUCCGAGAUCGCAGAUUCACACCGGUUCAAAUCUUUUGCCCCUGUUCACGAUGGCAAUCGCGUCAAGUGGUAUGUGGAUGGCAAGGAUUACAUGUGGGCAGUCUCAGAGGCUCUAGAGAAAGCCACCGAGACCAUCUAUAUUGCCGAUUGGUGGCUCUCCCCAGAACUCUUCUUGCGCCGCCCUCCAGUGGAUAAUCAGGAAUGGCGAUUGGACCAUGUCUUGAAGCGUCGCGCAGAAGCAGGCGUAAAAAUCUAUAUCAUUGUCUACAAAGAGGUGAACCAAGCUCUGACUUGUAACUCUGCGCACACUAAAUAUGCCUUGCGCAACCUCUGCCCCGAAGGAACUCCUGGCCACGGCAACAUCCGCGUGUUGCGCCACCCCGACCACAAUGUCUUUGAGAACGCAGCCGAUAUGACUCUCUACUGGGCACACCACGAGAAAUUCAUUGUAAUCGAUUACAAUGUGGCCUUCAUCGGCGGCAUUGAUCUUUGCUUUGGACGGUGGGACGCAAACCAGCACCCACUGGCUGAUGUUCACCCCGCAGGUCUGCGAGACGAUAUCUUCCCGGGACAGGACUUCAACAACAACCGAAUCAUGGACUUCCAGAGCGUAGACGACUGGCAGAGCAACGAGGUCAGCAAGGCUGACUACGGCCGCAUGCCCUGGCACGAUGUGGCCAUGGGGCUCCAGGGAGACUGCGCCUAUGACAUUGCUGAACACUUCGUGUUGCGCUGGAACUUCAUCAAGCGUGAUAAGUAUAAGCGCAGUCAUGAUGUAGAUUGGCUGUUGAUGGAGGGCCGCACGGGCGAUCAAGAAGAUAUCAUUGCCGUGCAGCGACCCAAGUACCCUUGCGGCGAGUACAUCCAGCACCCGCUAACCCCCCUGUCCACCAAGUCUCGCGGCAAUAUAGGUACUGUGCGCGCUCAGAUUGUGCGAAGCAGUGACGACUGGAGCAGCGGUAUCCUAAACGAGCACAGUAUCCAGAACGCAUACUGCGAGACCAUUCGCAAUGCCGAGCAUUUUGUGUACAUCGAGAACCAAUUCUUCAUCACUGCCACCGGCGACCAGCAAGCUCCGGUUUUCAAUCAAAUCGGUCGAGCAAUUGUUGACGCCUGUGUACGUGCAGGCAAAGAGGGGCGCAAGUUCCGCGUCAUCAUCGUUAUCCCUGCGAUUCCUGGAUUUGCUGGCGAUUUGCGCGAUAAUGCUGCGUUGGGUACUCGAGCGAUCAUGGACUAUCAGUACAAAUCGAUUUGUCGCGGGGAGCACUCGAUCUAUGGGCAAAUUGAAAAGGAAGGCAUUGAUCCUAGAGAACACAUCUUCGUAUUUGCACUGCGUGCUUAUGAUCGAAUUAACAAAACGCCUGCUCUUGAGGAGCUCGAGAAGCAAGCUGGUGUUACAUACCAUGAUAUCCAGCGCGGUAUCGCCGAGUCAAUCAUGAGCGAAAGUGUGCACCCGGCGGUGGGCAAAGAGGGUGAUGCCAACGAGAAGAACUACGAUGCCGAUCAAAGCCAGAAGGAAGAAACUCUGCGCAAGCUCCAAAACUUCCAAGAGAAGGUCGAGCAAAGAAAGGCCGAAGACGGAUUCCACAGCAAGGAUACGGUUUCGCAAUGUACUAUGUUGAAUGGAGGCAAGGUAUCUGACGAGAACUGGGAAGGCGACCCAGAAGCCGAGAAGGACAAUUUCGUCCAGGAGGAGCUGUACGUGCACGGCAAGGUGUGCAUCGUCGACGAUCGCACCAUCAUCUGCGGCAGUGCCAACAUCAACGAUCGGUCCCAACUCGGCUCGCACGACAGCGAACUAGCGAUCGUCUUGGAAGAUCAAGAGCUCAUCGACAGUCGAAUGAACGGGCAACCGUACCGAGCGUCCAAAUUAGCGGCGACGCUACGGCGCCAAUUGUGGCGCGAACACCUAGGUCUCCUGCCGGCGCAACAAUACGACGCCACGGACCACCCGAACGCGCGACCGCCCGAUGAGUGCCUUAAUGAGAUCGAACUCGGAGCGGAGAAUGAGUUUGUGACGGAUCCACUGAGCGAUGAAGUCUGGAACACAUGGACAUCACAGGCGACUCAGAAUACGGAGACGUAUCGCACCCUGUUUCGGGCGGACCCCGACGAUAACAUCAAGACCUUUGAAGACUAUGACAAAUUCCGGCCGCGGGGCACACACCGGGAAGGUCAUUUGUUCGAUCCGUAUGUGCCUGUCAAGGAAGUGCGUGAGAAGCUCGAUCUCAUCAAGGGCCACCUUGUCUGGCUGCCGUUGCAAUUCUUGUGCGACGCUGAGAUGGCGGAGCCUGGAUUGGCUGUUAAUCAGAUUACGGAGAGUAUUUACACUUGA